AUGGACGCGUCGAGCGCGAGCGGCGAGAGUGGAAGCGGAGGCGGUCGCGGGACUGGCAGGAGGUGGAAAGGGAAAGGGGUGACGCCGAUACAGGCGCGGCGGCAGCAGCAGCUGGCGCCGGUCUUCGAGGACGCGUCCGCGGCAUUGCUGCGCCCGCUCAGGAAGAUCGGGAGGAGCCCCGACCGCCUCCACCGGACCACGUCGUCGCUCUCCACUUCCUCGUCGUCGGCCCCGGCCUCUCCUCGGUCUUUCCCCGCCUCCGACGCCGUCGCGCCUUCCGCGCGGCACAUCUUCCCCUUCGCGUAUGAGCCCUCGGCGACGACGGCGCGCGAGAGCCCGCAGCUUCUCCGGCAGUACUCCAGCAUGUCCCAACCAGCGUCGCCGCCGCCGCAGCAGCAGCCUUUGCGGCAUCAGCAGAUGAUCUCGUUCGGCGGUUCUCCGCCGUGCGCGACCCAGUCGUUCUUCAUGCCAGUCGAGAGCGCGCAGCAGCAGCAGCAUCUGCUGCGGUACUGGAGCGAGGCGUUGAACCUGAGCCCCCGCGGCGGCCUGGCCGGCAUGCCGCCUUCGCUGUACCAGCAGCUGCUGCGGGCGCCGCCCCCGCCGCAGAAACUGUACCGCGGGGUGAGGCAGCGGCACUGGGGUAAGUGGGUGGCGGAGAUCCGCCUGCCACGGAAUCGCACGCGGCUGUGGCUCGGCACCUUCGACACCGCGGAGGAUGCCGCCAUGGCGUACGAUCGCGAGGCCUUCAAGCUCCGCGGCGAGAACGCGCGGCUCAACUUCCCCGAUCGGUUCCUCGGGAAGGGCCGCGCAGGAGGGAGCGGCCGCACCAGCGCCGCCAGCUCCGCUGCCACCUCGGCCGCCGCUGGCACCGCUUCCUGCUCAUCGUCAUCGUCCUCGCCUCCGCAAACUUCUGACGAGGCGGCGGCCAACACGCAGCAAGCUCCGCGGCAGCGGGAACAGGAGCACGCAGAAUGGUCCAUGCUUGAAAACCAACCACAGCAUCCACCCCCAACGACUAUUCCCCAGGAUGGAGGCUCUCGCGACGCGGCUACGCCCUACUCGGCCGAAAUGUUUCACUCGUCGGCGCAGUCCGGCGGCAUGUGGGCUCAGGCCGACGAGUCAUGGUUCAACACAUGGGGCCCUGGCAGCUCCUUCUGGGACUACGAGAUGGACGACAGUGCUCGCAGCCUCUUCAUUCACCAUCCUCGCUUCUCCGGUGAGGAUGCCGGCAUGUCGCAUCCUGGCGCACAAGAAACACCACCGGCGACGGCAGCAGCAGGGACGUCGGACACAACAUGCGAUGACGUCCCGGUAACCUCUUCUUCUCCUCCUCCAGAAGCACACCAGGCUCCAAACUUCAUGUGA